AUGGACGGCCCGAGCCGAGUCCUGGCCCGCCGCCGCCGCCGUCUGCAGCAUCUGUCUCUCCUCUCCCUCCAGCUCCUCUGCGGAGUCCCCGAAGAUGGAUACGCAUGGCAGGUCCAUAUCCCCCGUCUAGCAUUGUCUAGUGACUUCUUGAUGGAUGGCAUACUAGGGUUGGCGGCUUUGCAUAUAGCGUCAAGCGUCAAACAUCCGUCAGAGGCGGUUUCGUAUUUUGAUACCGCUCUCCGCUAUCAUACCCUCGCUUCAUCUCCCUUCCGCGAGGCUCUGAAUAAUAUCACACCGGUCAAUUGUGAAGCUGUCUUUGCCUUUGCCGUCAUCACCACCGUCUUCACUUUCUCCUCUACACAGAUUGCGCCUGGCGGGAGGGAAAGCGGAACCGUCCUGGAAGACGUACUCGCCAUAUUCGAGCUGCUGCAGGGAAUUAAGGGGAUAUUCUCUGCUAGCAGCUCCUGGCUGGAAGUCAGCUGGUUCUCGUCAGGCACGCGGAUAGAAACCGAAGAUGCCCCGGUGAACAACGAACCGGUUACGGAGAUGGCAUUUCGAAGGCUAGCAGCUUACGCUGAUGAGACGCUCGGUUCUGGGAAUGCCGAACAAUACAACGUCAUCAAACAACUUGUCUCGAAGUUGGAGUUGUGUUUCUCGAUAUUCCGCGAGAAAUCAGAUCAAAGCCUAGUGCUAUCGUGGUUGAGUAUGUUGGAUAAGCACACCGUGUGUGAGGCCAGGCGCGGCAACCCCCUGGUCUUGCUCCUUUUUAUGCAUUGGGCUGUCCUUAUGCAUCUCAUGGAACCUCGAGUCUGGUGGGCUAAGGGCUUAGGAGCUGGACUGGUAGCUGAGCUGUUAACGAGAAUCCCAUCAGAUCCACGGCUGAACGAAAUAUCUCUGUGGCCUCAACAGCAGGUGAACAUCCGCCCUGUGAAGAUACUGCCAUAA